AUGAAAGUACCCUGGCUCCUCCCAGAGCUACCGAGGAUAUUGGCAAGAAACGUGGAUCCUGGAGUCAGUCGCUAUCUGGAAGGCACCAUUGUGACCUUACCAAAUCUGGAGCUGACUCCAGGACAACCUACCAGCGAUAAAGGUGAUGGUGGAACUGAAGAAAUACUUUUGUCUGCUGUGAAGACUGCAGAAGAAAUGCAAGCAAAUUAGAUCAUGUACGUAUUCAGGGUGCACUCUGCAGAGGAGAUAGAUGAUUCGAUGGUGCUGUUAUCAUUUCUGGCGCAUGUGAAAUUGGAGGUGACAUCUCCACAUACUAUCGUACUCAGACUCAAAGGAGAUAAUCGACUCCGGAAGAAGACCAUUGAAGGGAAACUCGGGAGCCUACGUUCGUCCGUGAGAUGGCAUGCAGACGACGCGGACAUCGAAAAAUGUAUCAAGACGGAGGAAGUCCGAGCUAAAUAUAAUGUUGUCUGGUAA